UGACGUUCUUCAGAUCGACUGACGCAGCCCAUCGUCAUCGCGUCAUCGUUUGUCUCUCCUACUUGUAAACACGUGUGCGGAGCAGAGUGCGUGUUCCUGUCGGUCUACGGAGGGGAUUUAAGCAGCUAAACUACUUUUCUGUCAUCCUUAAAAUGGCAAAAAGCCUCAGGAGCAAAUGGAAGAGGAAGAUGCGUGCAGAGAAGAGGAAGAAAAAUGCUCCCAAGGAGCUUGCCCGUCUGAAACAAGCUCUGAGUAUGGAUAAGAAAGGAGAAGCUGUCAUGACUGACUUGCAGGAGAUUGCCACUGUGGUGCCAGCUGACCAGAUCAAGAAGCAGACAGAUGUGGAGGGUGAGGGUGACGAUGGGAAGAUGGAAAUGGACAGCAAGCGCAACAAGGCAACUCAAUUGAAUGAAAAUGGACAGUACCCUGUGUGGAUGAAUCAACGGCAGGCCAAAAGACUGAAAGGCAAACGGAUGGCAAAGAAAAAUGGCCAGGGCAAGAAUAAGAAGGGCAUUGCCUGGUAAUCCAGAGGAAACCAAAAAACCCUUUGCUUUGCCUUAAAGACUUUUGACACGGCAACACAGAAUCACUUCAUGUGUACUUUUGUACAUGAUAACUGUGGAGUUUCUGCUGCUGUAUCUCAUUCUGUUAAGUGGAUUACAAUAUUCAUGGUUGUGAAACAGACUGUUAAGUAAUUCACUGCAGGGAAAUGUUUGUUCUUAUGAAACAGCAGCUUCAUCUUCAUGUUAGGACAAGUUUAGAGAAACUAAGAUGUCCGUCAUUGUCAUGUAUUCUCUACAAGUGAAGUCUUCAUACUCCGCAAAUUAUUAUUUUUAUGUAUCUAUGGCUUGUUUGGUUUACUAUAGUUGUAUACAGACUGGGCGAUAUGGUAGAAUCAAUAUUAAUGGUGCACCCUCGAGGCUUAGACGCUACGGUGAAGGGCAACGUCUGGUGUUUGACUCACACUGGAGUCAUGUGUUGCCUGUCAUUCCUCAUUCUUCACUGUCAGAAUCUCUAAAAAUAAUUUGACUAUUUCAAAUAUCGCUGCAUAUUCCAUGAUGAAGAUGUGUGCAAAAAUCAUAAAUGAACUCUUCUCACUUGUAACACAAUAACUUAAAUCAACCAAAUUGCUUUUAAAUCAUCUAUUUUGAGAGCAGAAUUUAGUCAAAUGAUAAAACAAUAUGAUCACAAUGUUACAUUUCCAGUGAAAGAUGAUAAAUGAUAAUAGCCCUGACAUUACUGUAAAAAUGUCACUGAUGAAAAAAUGAAAAUAAAACACCACAAAGCUUUUCUGAAGAAUA